UCUUCAUCUUCUUCAUCAUCUUCAUCAUCUUCCUCUCCUUCAUCUGCUCUCUCAUCAUCCAGGAUCUUGAAGGAUAAUUUUAUUGAUUCAAAGGGCCAGUUAAUAGUCGACAUUCAAAGUGUGAGUUACAUUAAUAUUUGUCCAUUCAUGUGCUUCUUCAUUCCCAUUCAAUUCAAUUCAAAGCAAAAGGAUAAAUAAAAGUUAACUUUAAAUAUUGUCAACUCAACUCAACUUGAAUCAACUUAUCAUCAAUUGUCCGGGCAAAAGUCGCCGGACAAUUCAAUUACUUUACAUUUGUUUAACAUCGUUUAUUACAAUCAAAUUGUGUGACAUUUAUAACUCAAAAUGAAUCGGAUUAUUUUACUUGUUAUUUCGUUCCUACUUUUGUCAUCAUCAAGUAUAGCUGAUGAGAUUCAUGAGAAAGGCGAUUCUUCAAUAAAUGGUGAUAAAAACCCAAAUUCAUCUGAAUUGAGUGAUGACGAUGAUAUGAUUAAAGCCGAAAGUCAAGAUGUUAUUGAUCACAAGAACUAUCCACCAAUUCAUCAGGGUCAAUUCGAAACGGCACCAGCACCCAAUCACAAUUACCACCAUAGUCUGGGCCCUCUUCCUCCACCACCACCACCUCCACCCUCAGCACCAAGUCACAGUGAAUUAGGUCCACCAGGCCCACCUCUUCCUCCUCAUCAUCACCCAAUGAUCAAUAGACCAGGUUACAUGUUAUCCAACUUGCCUCCACCCAAAGGACAUGGUAACCAUCAUGGAUCCAUUUACUCUCCUCAUGGUAUUCCACCUGCACAUGGAUCAGGUCAUCCAUCAGCACAUCCACCACCACCUCCACCACCUCCAGGGCCAGGUCAUCCAGUGGAAAAUUCAAUUGAAUAUGGACCAGAAGCUGGUCAUCCUUAUCAAGGUUCAGGUUAUGAUGGUCAAAGUGGACCACAAAAUGGUCCAGUUGGUCAAGUGGCUGUUGCUCCAGCUCCACAUCAUGGUUCAUCUAAUGGUGGACAACAAAAUGAAAACUGGCCUCUGCCUGCACCUGAUAUGCCAAAGAUCGCUCAUUUGGAUGUAAAGUGCGAAAAGAAUCUAAUGAAAGUCGCCAUCGAAUUCGAUAAACCAUUCAAUGGAAUAAUCUUCUCCAAAGGUCAUUAUUCUCAUGGAAAUUGUGUUCAUUUACCUGCUGGUUCAGGAAGAAAUUCAGUCUAUUUCGACAUUGGAAUAACUACUUGUGGAACAACUGGAAACACACAAAAUGGUCUUUAUGGUUAUGGAGCUUCAUCAGGAAGUGGAACCUUCUUCGAGAACACAAUCGUCAUUCAAUAUGAUCAACAAGUCCAAGAAGUUUGGGAUCAAGCACGGAAACUUCGAUGCACUUGGCAUGAUCAAUACGAAAAGUCAGUGACAUUCCGUCCAUUUCCAGUGGACAUGUUGGAUGUGGUUCGAGCUGAUUUUGCUGGUGACAAUGUUGGUUGUUGGAUGCAAAUCCAAGUGGGUAAAGGUCCAUGGGCCUCUGAAGUGGCAGGAAUCGUCAAGAUUGGUCAAACAAUGACAAUGGUUUUGGCCAUUAAAGAUGAAGAGAACAAAUUCGAUAUGCUUGUUCGUAACUGCAUUGCUCAUGACGGUAAACGAGCUCCAAUCGAACUGGUUGACUCACAAGGAUGCAUUGUUCGACCCAAACUAAUGUCCAAAUUCACCAAGAUCAAGAACUUUGGUUCUUCAGCAACAGUUCUUAGUUAUGCUCAUUUCCAAGCCUUUAAAUUCCCUGAUUCAAUGGAAGUUCACUUCCAAUGUACAAUCCAAAUAUGCAGACACCAAUGUCCUGAACAAUGUUCAGCUUCGACUGUCGGUGGUCCUGGUUCAGUUGAAGCCCUUCCAGGCUCUUCUUCUUCCUCUUCAGGACCUUCUUCACCAUCCAAUGGACCCAUCGAAGGUCGACUUGGACAACAACAAGAAAGUUAUGUUGCUUCAGCUUCUUCUUAUCAUGGUAUCGGUAAACCUCGUGAAGAACGUGAUGUUUCUCGAAGACUUGAAGAUAUGAUUAAAUCUGAAUAUUCAAUGGAUGCUGCAACUGAAAUUGGUCUCAACAGGAUAAUCAAAGUUGUUUCAACAAGUGAUUUAGCAUUUAAUUUAGGAUCAAAUGAAUCAGUUCCACUUCUGGACAUGACUGAUCUCGAACCAAUCGAUCAGAUUUGCAUGUCGACCAUUUCAUUCGCAACUUCAGUUAUCGUUUUAAUCAUCAUUUUAAUUGUUUCUUGUUUAAUUUCAGUCUUCCUUUGUCUCUACCAUCGAUCAACUGAAAAGUCAAACAGCAAACUGAACAACUUAUCAAUGCCAUAUGAGAUUCGUACUUAUCCAAGUUCAAAAUGCUCAACACUCAAUGGAUUGCCUGGACGUUAGGCGAUAGAUGGACUUGACUUGACUUUAAUUAUUAAUCAAUUAUUAGAUGCUUUUAAAGAAACAAAUUUUUCUCUCUCCUUUCAGUUCUUCAAUUGUAUUACAAUGAAACCCACCUUCGUUAAUUGGUCUAAACUAAUGAAAGAUUGAGAGUGAGAGAGAUCAUAAUUCAUUGGUGCCAAUUAAUCAGAUAAUCAAAUGAGUUGUUUAAGUUUCACAUUUCAUGAGAAACACUCGUUUGUAUCUUUAUAUUCAUCUUUAUAUUCAUCUUCAUCAUUUUCAUCGUUUCUUCUUUCUUCUUCUUCUUCUUCUUCUUCUUCUCAUCUUCACCAACUCCAUCCACUUCAUCAUCUUCAUCACCCAUUUCAUCAAGAUUAACAACUUUAUCAACUUUAAUCAUUCCAGUCAUUAAUAUAAUAGUUUAGUUGAUAAAUUGUUCAACAUUAAACAAUUGAACUUGAAUUCAAUUUUGGUUGGGAAUAUCAAUAAAAGAGUUAAAGAAUCAACAACAACAACAACUGUCAAUCAAAUGGAUGGAUAAAGGAAUCAAUCAUUCAAUGAAUCAAUGAGACAAUGAGACAAUCCACUUUCAGUAUGCAACAUUUGCAACCAACAAGAGAAUCUUUAACUUUUUAUUUUUGGAUAACUUUAAAUUCACAUAACUUUAUCAAAUUAAUGUAUAUAAUGGUUUUGUGAACAAAUCAAUCAAUUAAUUCUUAAUUAAUAAUUUAUAUAAAAAAUUG